AUGACGCUCUACUACAGCUUGGUCUUCGUGCUCCUCGUAGCAGAGAUGGCACUAUUCAUGCUUCUCAUUGUGCCUCUGCCAUUCACGAUCCGCCGCAGAAUGUUUACUUUCAUUUCCGAAAGUCCAUUGGUUGCAAAACUGCAAUAUGGAAUGAAGAUUACAUUUAUCUUCAUCUUGAUUCUGUUUAUCGACAGUGUCAACCGUGUCUACAGAGUUCAAGUCGAGCUCGCAGAGACCAACAAGAACGCAGGCGGAACUGUGGUCAUGGGCCACGAGCGUAUGGAGGUCCAAGCACGAAAGUUCUACUCUCAACGCAACAUGUACCUCUGCGGUUUCACGCUUUUCCUUUCCCUCAUUCUCAACCGAACAUACACCAUGAUCCUCGACGUCCUCCGUCUGGAAGAGAAGGUCAAGGCAUAUGAGGGUAGCGGAAAGGUUGGAGGAGAGCAAACCAAGAAAUUGGAAAAGGCAGGACAGGCUGGUGCCAAUGAGAUUGGCGAGUUGAAGAAACAAUUAGCCAACAAGACCCGCGACUUUGAUGCCUUGAAGAAACAAUCCCAAGGUUUGAGCGCCGAGUACAACAGACUGGGCGAUGAGAAGUCACCUGUUGAUACUACCCCAAAGAAAGACCGAUAG